AUGUUUAAUGCAUCUUGUACAAUUGUUGAGAACUUGAUUAAGGAUGGAGCCACUAAUUCUAUACGUGGGGGAAGCGACUGGUACAUUCAAAGUGAUGACAUCUUACGACAACGAUCUAGGUUUCGAGAUGAUAGGGUUUUAGAGGGAGGAGGCUGGGGGCAGGGAUGGUUUCAGAUCCGGGGUGCGAUGAGUUUGGGAAAGGGGAAAGUAGGUUGUUUGCAGACAGUGGUUGUGAGGUGGUCUGGGUUGUUUGCAUGCGGUGGUUGUGAGGUGGUUUGCAUUGUUUAUAGGAGAUGGUUGUGA